GUUGCGCCUGCGCACCUUCUUUCCCUUUCGGAUUUCCGACGCGUUGGUUGCUGUAAAGGUUCUCAGCAGCGCCACACGGCCGUCGCCAUGGUGAAGCUGAGCAAAGAGGCCAAGCAGAGGCUGCAGCAGCUCUUCAAAGGGGGCCAGUUUGCCAUCCGCUGGGGUUUUAUCCCUCUUGUGAUUUACCUGGGAUUUAAGAGAGGUGCAGAUCCUGGAAUGCCUGAACCAACUGUUUUGAGCCUACUUUGGGGAUAAAGGAUUAUUUGGUCUUCUGGAUUUGGAAGCAAUUUAGCAGACAGCAUGGAAGAUGUGUACUCUGGCUUGGAUAAGAAACGGGACAUCGUUUGGUCACCAGUUGGAUGGCACAAGGCUCGUCACAGAUGAAUCUGUAGCAGAGUGGAACUUGUACUAACUUACAAUAGAAUGUAUCAGAAUAAAUGUUUUUAACAAUGUUA